AUGACUCUCCGUGUGAUUGACAUCUUGGAGGGGGCAAGUGAGCGUGACGAGUUUCAAUUCGGAUUCGAUGGCGCGAGAGAUGGAUGGGAGGAGGAUAUUGGAAUCUACGCCCCUGGAUAUCUGGAGAUGGAGGCUGCAGGCAUGGAGGCCGACUAUGAUCAUGCUAAUUUGGUUGAACCUGACGACGCCUAUGAAAUUCGAUCGAAUCUCCCCUAA